AUGAGUCCGCCCGUUUCAGAUUAUCCAGCAUUUUUAGAGAUUUUAUCUCCUAAUAUACUAUGUAAAUGCAUCACCAUUUGGAUGAAUGAAAGCCAGCAGCAACAGUUUAACGACAAGAGAAGCUUACAAUAUAAAGAGCAUAUUCUACAGCAAGAAAUUUUUAGAUUCCUCAUAAAUAAAAGACCAUUAAUUCGUACGUUAAAUUUGUCGACGCAACACAUCGAGUCUAACAAUAUGCUAGAAUGUAAUGUGAUCCCGACUGAAUUACUACCUUACCUUUCAAAUUCUUUCGAAUGGUUAGCUAAAUUACGUAAAUUCAAGUAUAACAUGUCCAAUAAUAAUAAUCCACCAGAUAUAUUUUUCUAUGCAUUUUCUCAACAUGCGACCAACCUCGAAUCGAUUAAAAUAUGGAUAGAGGGCGAUAAUAAUAGAGGAGAUCAAGGAAUAGCAGCAUUAUUUGAAACUCAAAAAAAUUUGAAAAAAUUAAAAUUACAUUCCCGGAGACGAAUUUGCUUUCACUUAGACAAUGCAUUAUAUAAAGUAGCAAGCACAAUAAAAGAAUUGACAUUGAACCAUUCACUAUGCGUCUCUCCGAUGCCAAUAAAAGAUUUUAUCGGAUUGGAAUCAUUGAUGGUAAAUUUAUCUAAUGAACAAGAAACGAGCUCAUAUUCCGCCGAAUUAUUUUUUUCCAAUUUGUCAUCGGCCUAUUUUAAGGAUCUCAAAACAUUGAAUAUUAAGGUGGUUCAGAAAAUUCGAUUGGCCAACAUCACUUCUUUUAUCCAACUUAACGGACGAUACCUCCGAGAAUUUACUCUUGAUUGUCAACCAAUGGAUGCAGAUUCUACAACAAAUUUAGUUGAAGCAAUUAGAAACAAUUGUAAAUAUUUAAAAAAAAUGGAAAUUUCUCUUUAUGAAAAUGAUGAAUUUCAAAUGAAGCAACUUUUAUCAAUGAAGCACGGUUCAAAAGCUUAA